GAUAAUUGUUGUGAGCUUUGGCUCAAUGUUCCGUAGACUCUGGCCAGAACUUCGAACCACAUUUGCCAAAGCAUUUGCUGCAAUGCCACAAACUGUGAUUUGGAGUUACGAAGGCCCCACACCAGAAGGUCUUGGAAAUAAUACGAUAUUGAGUAAAUGGAUACCUCAAGAAAGCCUGUUGAAUCAACCUGCUACUAAACUAUUUGUGACACACUGUGGAGCUUCAUCCAGCUUUCAAGCUUUGCAUUAUGCCCUCCCUGUGAUUGGAGUACCAUUCUUUUGGGAUCAGCCUUUCUAUUGCCAGAAACUCUCCCAUAGAGUAAAAUCUGGUCAAACUGUUUCUUUGGAAGGAAUCACCAGCAAGAAACUUCAACGAGCCAUGAAGGAGGUUAUAGAGAAUAAAACAUACAAGGCGAAUGCUGAAAGAGCUGCUGCUAUAUACCAUGAUCAACCCAUGCCACCAAAGGACAAACUUGUCUACUGGGCUGAAUAUGUUAUACGCCACAAGGGUGCACCCCAUUUACGAUCCCAAGCUGCUAAUGAACUGAAUUUCUUCCAAUACUAUUUGCUCGACAUCAUAGCACUAGUGUGUUGUGUUUGCAUUAUAAUUGGAACUGUUCUGGUUAUUAUAGUCAAGAAAGUCAUUUGCUUCAUAUUCUCUAAUCAGAAGGUCAAAUAUGAUUAAAAAAGUAUUCACACAUAGCUAGGCAAGGUGUGUCAACUUCUAUCAAUCAGAGGAUAGUAUUUCAUAUGACUGCAUUGUAUUAUAUAACCAACAACUCACACAAGGGGUCAUUUUUAGAUCCAAGUGAAACUAAUGAAACCGAUAAGCUUAUUUUCUUUGUUUAGUAAACAUUUGUAACUAGUAUCAUGCUUUAAGUGCUAUUAUGCAGGUCAAAUGGUAGUUGCAAUGAAUGGUUGUUAAAUUCCAGUGAAUGGAUUUAGUAUGGACUAAUGCUGUAAGGCCAUAGGACCUUUGCUCAGGAAAGAAGUUCUAAUAUAGCCACUCAAUAUAAAAUGGCCACCAUUUUAUUUAGAAAAUAUAUGUAAUUUCUAUGAUUCAAAUACCAUUUAAGGUGCUAUGGAAGUUAACAGGAAAUGACAAAACAGGAAGUGACAAAAAAAUUUGCAUUUUAAGACAUUUUUUGAACCAAGAUAACAGAGUUCUGUUUUGCCCUUCAGUCAAUUCAACUAGUCCCAAAUACCAUUUACAGGUCCAGGAUCACAAUGUUCAUGGUCAGAAUGACCCUAAACAUGAUGAAAUAACCUUUUCAGCCCUCUGAAAACGUGACUGAAAAAUAGCUAAAAGAAGGAAGUAGGAAAGGUCACUGAGCAGAAUCUUUCGAAUUUUUCAGAAAAUGUGCCUAAUAUAUUGCUCUAAAUGAUACAAUCUUUGAAAAUUUGAUAGCAUUCAUAGAAAAAGAAAAAUUAUGAAAAAACUGAUUUGAAAAGCGAUCUAUUUUCCUUUUUAUGACCGCCAUUUUUUAAAGACAAUUUUCUAAAAUUUCAAAGAUUGUAUCAGUUAGAGCAUUAUAUUGGGCACAUUUUCUGAAAAAUUCAAAAUAUUCUGUUCAGUGACCUUUCCUAGCUCCUACUUUUAGCUUUUUUUCAGGCACACUUUCAAAGGGCUAAAAAGGUUAUUUCAUCAUGUUUGGGGUCAUUCUGACCAUGCACAUUGUGAUCCUGGUCAUGUAAAUGAUAUGUGGAAAUAGUUAAAUUGACUGGAGGUCAAACCAGAACUCUGUUAUCUUUGUUCAAAAAUGUCUAGAAAUGCAAAAUUUUUGUCACUUCCUGUUUCGUCAUUUCCUGUUAACUUCCAUAGUACCUUAACAGGUUUGGUUCAAAUUUUAUAUGCUGAUGACUUAGUGGUGAGGGACAUUUACUGGAAUUGUUAAGACUUUGUCUGCAUUUUAAAUAGUGUAAAAAAGUAUAAUUACUGCACUUGGUGAUUCAUCUCGUAUAUGUAUAUGGAUUCAAGUUAAGGUCACUUAAUAUUCUGACUUAUUAUCAAACUGAACAAACAUUGAAUAUAACAUGUGAUUUGUUGCAUUAAAUGCUUUGAUAGCCUAGAAAUGAAUGAAACUAACAAAAUAUGACUAGUCAAAUUUAAAAUGACAUGUGACAAUUUUAUAUCAAAAAGUGACUAAA